AUGGAAAAGUCCGAAGGACACUAUGUCAAAUAUAAUGUGCGUGCGGAUCAUCGUCAAGCCAUGGUUUCACGGAUGUAUGAUGACGAAGAGUUAUCUCGUGACAUUCAAAAUCUUUGCUUUCGGUGUAACCGUUUUCUUUAUCUUCGUCUAAAUAAUCUCCGUCAACGUGCAGGUCAAGAGUUUUUAUUGAAACAAUGUGAAAUUCUAUUUUGA